AUGCUCCCGCUUUCCAUCACCCCGCCCCAUUCUCCCGCUUUCCUUCACCCCGCCCCAUUCUCCCGCUUUCCAUCACCCCGCCCCAUUCUUCCACUUUCCAUCACCCCCCUCCAUUCUCCCGCUUUCCAUCACCGCGCCCCAUUCUCCCGCUUUCUAUCACCCCCCCUCCAUUCUCCCUCUUUCCUUCACCCUGCCCCAUUCUCUUGCUUCCCAUCACCCCGCCCCAUUCUCCCUGUUCCCAUCACCCCGCCCCAUUUUCCCGCUUUCGAUCACCCCGCCCCAUUCUCCCGCUUUCCAUCACCCUGCCCCAUCCUCCCGCUUUCCAUCACCCCGCCCCAUUCUCCCGCUUUCCAUCACCCCGCCCCAUUCUCCCUCUUUCCAUCACCCCGCCCCAUUCUCCCGCUUUCCAUCACCCCGCUCCAUUCUCCUGCUUUCCAUCACCCCGCCCCAUUCUCCCGCUUUCCAUCAUCCCGCCCCAUUCUCCCGCUUUCCAUCACCCCGCCCCAUUCUCCAACUUUCCAUCACCCCGCCCCAUUCUCCCGCUUUCCAUCACCCCGCCCCAUUCUCCCGCUUUCCAUCACCCCGCCCCAUUCUCAUGCCUUCCAUCACCCCGCCCCAUUCUCCCGCUUUCCAUCACCCCGCCCCAUUCUCCAACUUUCCAUCACCCCGCCCAUUCUCCCACUUUUCAUCACCCCGCCCCAUUCUCCCGUUUUCCAUCACCCCGCCCCAUUCUCUCGCUUUCCAUCACCCCGCCCCAUUCUCCCGCUUUCCAUCACCCCGCCCCAUUCUCCCUCUUUCCAUCACCCCGCCCCAUUCUCCCCCUUUCCAUCACCACGCCCCCAUACUCCCGCAUUCCAUCACCUCGCCCCAUUCUCCCGCUUUCCAUUACCCCGCCCCAUUCUCCCGCUUUCCAUCAAGCCGCCCAUUCUCCUACUUUCCAUCACCCCGCCCCAUUCUCCCGCUUUCCAUCACCCCGCCCCAUUCUCCCUCUUUCCAUCACCCCGCCCCAUUCUCCCUCUUUCCAUCACCCCGCCCCAUUGUCCCUCUUUCCAUCACCCCGCCCCAUUCUCCCGCUUUCCAUCACCCCGCCCCAUUCUUUCGAUUUCUAUCAUCCCGCCCCAUUCUCCAGCCUCUUUCCAUCACCCCGCCCCAUUCUCCCGCUUUCCAUCACCCCGCCCCAUUCUCCCGCUUUCCAUCACCCCGCCCCAUUCUCCCUCUUUCGAUCACCCCGCCCCAUUCUCCCACUUUCCAUCACCCCGCCCCAUUCUCCCGCCUCUUUCCAUCACCCCGCCCCAUUCUCCCGCUUUCCAUCACCCCGCCCCAUUCUCCCGCUUUCCAUCACCCCGCCCCAUUCUCCCGCUUUCCAUCACCCCGCCCCAUUCUCCAGCUUUCCAUCACCCCGCCCAUUCUCCACAUUCCAUCACCCCGCCCCAUUCUCCCGCUUUCCAUCACCCCGCCCCAUUCUCCCGCUUUCCAUCACCCCGCCCCAUUCUCCUGCUUUCCAUCACCCCGCCCCAUGCUCCCGCUUUCCAUCACCCCGCCCCAUUCUCCCGCUUUCCAUCGCCCUUCCCCAUUCUCCCUCAUUCCAUCACCCCGCCUCAUUCUCCCUUUUUACAUCACCCCGCCCCAUUCUCCCUCUUCCAUCACCCCGCCCCAUUCUUCCGCUUUCCAUCACCCCGCCCCAUUCUCCCGCUUUCCAUCACCCCGCCCCAUUCUCCUGCUUUCCAUCACCCCGCCCCAUGCUCCCGCUUUCCAUCACCCCGCCCCAUUCUCCCGCUUUCCAUCGCCCUGCCCCAUUCUCCCGCUUUCCAUCAUCCCGCCCCAUUCUCUUGCUUUCCAUCACCCUGCCUCAUUCUACCUCUUUUCAUCAUCCCGCCCCAUUCUCCCUCAUUCCAUCACCCCGCCUCAUUCUCCCUUUUUACAUCACCCCGCCCCAUUCUCCCUCUUCCAUCACCCCACCCCAUUCUUCCGCUUUCCAUCACCCUGCCCCAUUCUCCCGCUUUCCAUCACCCCGCCCCAUUCUCCCGCUUUCCAUCACCCUGCCCAUUCUCCACAUUCCUUCACCCCGCCCAAUUCUCCCACUUUCCAUCACCCCGCCCCAUUCUCCCGCUUUCCAUCACCCCGCCCCAUUCUCCCGCUUCCCAUCACCCCGCCCCAUUCUCCCUCUUUCCAUCACCCCGCCCCAUUCUCCCUCUAUCCAUCACCCCGCCCCAUUCUCCCGCUUUCCAUCAGCCCGCCUCAUUCUCCCGCUUUCCAUCACCCCGCCCCACGCUUUCCAUCGCCCUGCCCUAUUCUCCCGCUUUCCAUCACCCCGCCCCAUUCUCUUGCUUUCCAUCACCCUGCCCCAUUCUUCCGCUUUCCAUCACCCCGCCCCAUUCUCGCUCUUUCACUCACCCCGCCCCAUUCUCACGCUUUCCAUCACCCCGCCCCAUUCUCCCGCUUUCCAUCACCCCGCCCCAUUCUCCCGAUUUCCAUCACCCCGCCCCAUUCUCCCGCUUUCCAUCACCCCGCCCCAUUCUCCCGCUGUCCAUCACCCCGCCCCAUUCUCCCGCUUUCCAUAACCCCGCCCCAUUCUCCCUCUUUCCAUCCUUCCGCACCAUUCUCCCGGUUUCCAUCACCCCGCCCCAUUCUCCCGCUUUCCAUCACCCCGCGCCAUUCUCCCGCUUUCCAUCACCCCGCCCCAUUCUCCCGCUUUCCAUCACCCCGCCCCAUUCUCCCGCUUUCCAUCACCCCGCCCCAUUCUCCCGCUGUCCAUCACCCCGCCCCAUUCUCCCGCUUUCCAUAACCCCGCCCCAUUCUCCCUCUUUCCAUCCUUCCGCCCCAUUCUCCCGGUUUCCAUCACCCCGCCCCAUUCUCCCGCUUUCCAUCACCCCGCGCCAUUCUCCCGCUUUCCAUCACCCCGCCCCAUUCUCCCGCUUUCCAUCACCCCGCCCCAUUCUCUCGCUUUCCAUCACCCCGCCCCAUUUUACCUCUUUCCAUCACCCCGUUCCAUUCUCCCUCUUUCCGUCACCCCACCUCAUUCUCCCUCUUUCCAUCACCCCGCUCCAUUCUCCCUCUUUCGAUCACCCCGCCCCAUUCUCCCGCUUUCCUUCACCCCACCCCAUUCUCCUGCUUUCCAUCACCCCGCCCCAUUCUCCCGCUUUCCAUCACCCCGCCCCAUUCUCCCUCUUUCGAUCACCCCGCCUCAUUCUCCCGCUUUCCAUCACCCCGCCCCCUUCUCCCGCUUUCCAUCACCCCGCCCCAUUCUCCCUCUUUCUAUCACCCCGCCCCAUUCUCCCGCUUUCCAUCACCCCGCCCCAUUCUCCCGCUUUCCAUCACCCCACCCCAGUCUCCCGCUUUCCAUCACCCCGCCCCAUUCUCCCGCUUUCCAUCACCCCGCCCCAUUCUCCCUCUUUCCAUCACCCCACCCCAUUCUCCAGCUUUCCAUCACCCCGCCCUAUUCUCCCUCUUUCCAUCACCCCGCCCCAUUCUCCCGCUUUCCAUCACCCCGCCCCGUUCUCCCACUUUCCAUCACCCCGCCCCAUUCUCCCGCUUUCCAUCACCCCGCCCCAUUCUCCCGCUUUCCAUCACCACGCCCCAUUUUCCCGCUUUCCAUCACCCCGCCCCACUCUCCAACUUUCCAUCACCACGCCCCAUUCUCCCGCUUUCCAUCACCCCGCCCCAUUCUCCCGCAUUCCAUCACCCAGCCCCAUUCUCCCGCUUUCCAUCACCCCGCCCCAUUCUCCCGCUUUCCAUCACCCCGCCCCAUUCUCCCGCUUUCCAUCACCCCGCCCCAUUCUCCCGCUUUCCAUCACCCCGCCCCAUUCUCCCGCUUUCCAUCACCCCGCCCCAUUCCCCCUCUUUCCAUCACCCUGCCCCAUUCUCCUGCUUUCAAUCACCCCUCCCUAUUCUCCCGCUUUCCAUCACCCCGCCCCAUUCUCCCGCUUUCCAUCACCCCGCCCCAUUCUCCCGCUUUCAAUCACCCCGCCCCAUUUUCCCGCUUUCCAUCACCCCGCCCCAAUCUCCUGCUUUCCAUCACCCUGCCCCAAUCUUCCGCUUUCCAUCACCCCGGCCCAUUCUCCCUCCUUCCAUCACCCCGCCCCAUUCUCCCGCUUUCCAUCACCCCGCCCCAUUCUCCCGCUUUCCAUCACCCCGCUCCAUUCUCCCGCUUUCCAUCACCCCGCCCCAUUCUCCCGCUUUCCAUCACCCCGCCCCAUUCUCCCGCUUUCCAUCACCCCGCCCCAUUCUCCCUCCUUCCAUCACCCCGCCCCAUUCUCCCGCUUUCUAUCACCCCGCCCCAUUCUCCCUCCUUCCAUCAACCCGCCCCAUUCUCCCUCCUUCCAUCACCCCGCCCCAUUCUCCCGCUUUCCAUCACCCCGCCCCAUUCUCCAGCUUCCCAUAACCCCACCCCAUUCUCCUGCUUUCCAUCACCCCGCCACAUUCUCCCGCUUUCCAUCACCCCGCCCCAUUCUCCUUCCUUCCAUCACCCCGCCCCAUUCUCCCUCCGUCCAUCACCCCGCCCCAUUCUCCCGCUUUCCAUCACCCCGCCCCAUUCUCCCGCUUUCCAUCACCCCACCCCAUUCUCCUGCUUUCCAUCACCCCGCCCCCUUCUCCCUCCUUCCAUCACCCCGCCCCAUUCUCCCUCCUUCCAUCACCCCGCCCCAUUCUCCCGCUUUCCAUCAGCCCGCCCCAUUCUCCCGCUUUCAAUCACCCCGCCCCUUUCUCCCGCUUUCCAUCUCCCCGCCCCAUUCUCCCGCUUUCCAUCACCCCGCCCCAUUCUCCCGCUUUCCAUCACCCCGCCCCUUUCUUCCGCUUCCCAUCAUCCCGCCCCAUUCCCCCGCUUUCCAUCACCCGCCCCAUUCUCCCGCUUUCCAUCACCCUGCCCCAAUCUUCCGCUUUCCAUCACCCCGCCCCAUUCUCCCUCCUUCCAUCACCCCGCCCCAUUCUCCCGCUUUCCAUCACCCCGCCCCAUUCUCCCGCUUUCCAUCACCCCGCCCCAUUCUCCCGCUUUCCAUCACCCCGCCCCAUUCUCCCGCUUUCCAUCACCCCGCCCCAUUCUCCCUACUUCCAUCACCCCGCCCCAUUCUCCCGCUUUCCAUCAUCCCGCCCCAUUCUCCCUCCUUCCAUCACCCCGCCUCAUUCUCCCUCCUUCCAUCACCCCGCCCCAUUCUCCCGCUUUCCAUCACCCCGCCCCAUUCUCCCGCUUCCCAUAACCCCACCCCAUUCUCCCGCUUUCCAUCACCCCGCCACAUUCUCCCGCUUUCCAUCACCCCGCCCCAUUCUCCUUCCUUCCAUCACCCCGCCCCAUUCUCCCUCCUUCCAUCACCCUGCCCCAUUCUCCCGCUUUCCAUCAGCCCGCCCCAUUCUCCCGCUUUCCAUCACCCCGCCCCAUUCUCCCGCUUUCCAUCACCCCGCCCCAUUCUCCCGCUUUCCAUCACCCCGCCCCAUUCUCCCGCUUUCCAUCACCCCGCCCCCUUCUCCCUCCUUCCAUCACCCCGCCCCAUUCUCCCUCCUUCCAUCAGCCCGCCCCAUUCUCCCGCUUUCCAUCAGCCCGCCCCAUUCUCCCGCUUUCUAUCACCCCGCCCCUUUCUCCCGCUUUCCAUCUCCCCGCCCCAUUCUCCCGCUUUCCAUCACCCCGCCCCAUUCUUCCGCUUCCCAUCAUCCCGCCCCAUUCCCCCGCUUUCCAUCACCCCUCCCCAUUCUCCCUCCUUCCAUCACCCCGCCCCAUUCUCCCGCUUUCCAUCACCCGCCCCAUUCUCCCGCUUUCCAUCACCCGCCCCAUUCUCCCGCUUUCCAUCACCCCGCCCCAUUCUCCCGCUUUCCAUCAACCCGCCCCAUUCUCCCGCUUUUCAUCACCCCGCCCCAUUCUCCCGCUUUCCAACACCCCGCCCCAUUCUCCCGCUUUCCAUCACCCCGCCCCAUUCUCCCGCUUUCCAUCACUCCGUCCCAUUCUCCCGCUUUCCAUCACCCCGCCCCAUUCUCCCACUUUCCAUCACCCCCCCCCAUUCUCCCUCCUUCCAUCACCCCGCCUCAUUCUCCCUCCUUCCAUCACCCCGCCCCAUUCUCCCGCUUUUAUCACCCCGCCCCAUUCUCUCGCUUUCUAUCACCCAGCCCCAUUCUCCCGCUUUCCAUCACCCCGCCCCAUUUUCCCGCUUUCCAUCACCCCGCCCCAUUCUCCCGCUAUCCUUCACCCUGCCCCAAUCUCCCGCUUUCCAUCACCCCGCCCCAUUCUCCCUCCUUCCAUCACCCCGCCCCAUUCUCCCGCUUUCCAUCACCCCGCCCCAUUCUCCCGCUUUCCAUCACCCAGCCCCAUUCUCCCGCUUUCCAUCACCCCGCCCCAUUCUCCCGCUUUCCAUCACCCCGCCCCAUUCUCCCGCUUUCCAUCACCCCGCCCCAUUCUCCCUCCUUCCAUCACCCCGCCCCAUUCUCCCGCUUUCCAUCACCCCGCCCCAUUCUCCCUCCUUCCAUCACCCCGCCCCAUUCUCCCUCCUUCCAUCACCCCGCCCCAUUCUCCUGCUUUCCAUCACCCCGCCCCAUUCUCCCGCUUCCCAUAACCCCACCCCAUUCUCCCACUUUCCAUCACCCCGCCACAUUCUUCCGCUUUCUAUCACCCCGCCCCAUUCUCCCUCCUUCCAUCACCCCGCCCCAUUCUCCCGCUUUCCAUCACCCCGCCCCAUUCUCCCGAUUUCCAUCACCCCGCCCCAUUCUCCCGCUUUCCAUCACCCCGCCCCAUUCUCCCGCUUUCCAUCACCCCGCCCCAUUCUCCCGCUUUCCAUCAUCCCGCCCCAUUCUCCCUCCUUCCAUCACCUCGCCCCAUUCUCCCGCUUUCCAUCACUCCGCCCCAUUCUCCCUCCUUCCAUCACCCCGCCCCAUUCUCCCUCCUUCCAUCACCCCGCCCCAUUCUCCCGCAUUCCAUCACCCCGCCCCAUUCUCUUGCUUCCCAUAACCCCACCCCAUUCUCCCGCUUUCCAUCACCCCGCCACAUUCUCCCACUUUCCAUCACCCCGCCACCUUCUCUCUCCUUCCAACACCCCGCCCCAUUCUCCCUCCUUCCAUCACUGCGCCCCAUUCUCCUGCUUUCCAUCACCCCGCCCCAUUCUCCCGCUUUCCAUCACUCCCCCCAUUCUCCCGCUUUCCAUCACCCCGCCCCAUUCUCCCGCUUUCCAUCACCCCGCCCCAUUCUCCCGCUUUCCAUCACCCCGCCCCAUUCUCCCUCCUUCCAUCACCCCGCCCCAUUCUCCCGCUUUCCAUCACCCCGCCCCAUUCUCCCUCCUUCCAUCACCCCGCCCCAUUCUCCCUCCUUCCAUCACCCCGCCCCAUUCUUCCGCUUCCCAUCAUCCCGCCCCAUUCCACCGCUUACCAUCACCCCUCCCCAUUAUGCCUCCGUCCAUCACCCCGCCCCAUUCUUCCGCUUUCCAUCACCCGCCCCAUUCUCCCGCUUUCCAUCACCCCGCCCCAUUCUCCCGCUUUCCAUCACCCCGCCCCAUUCUUUUGCUUUCCAUCACCCCGCCCCAUUCUCCCGCUUUCCAUCACCCUGCCCCAUUCACCCGCUUUCCAUCACCCGCCCCAUUCUCCCGCUUUCCAUCACCCCGCCCCAUUCUCCCGCUUUCCAUCACCCCGCCCCAUUCUCCCGCCUUCCAUCACCCCGCCCCAUUCUCCCGCUUUCCAUCACCGCGCCCCAUUCUCCCUCUUUCCAUCACUCCGCCCCAUUCUCCCGCUUUCCAUCACCCCGACCCAUUCUCCCACUUUCCAUCACCCCGCCCCAUUCUCCCUCCUUCCAUCACCUCGCCUCAUUUUCCCUCCUUCCAUCACCCCGCCCCAUUCUCCCGCUUUCCAUCACCCCGCCCCAUUCUCCCGCUUUCCAUCACCCAGCCCCAUUCUCCCGCUUUCCAUCACCCUGCCCCAAUCUCCCGCUUUCCAUCACCCCGCCCCAUUCUCCCGCUUUCCAUCACCCUGCCCCAUUCUCCCGCUUUCCAUCACCUCGCCCCAUUCUCCCGCUUUCCAUCACCCCGCCCCAUUCUCCCGCUUUCCAUCACUCCGCCCCAUUCUCCCGCUUUCCAUCACUCCGACCCAUUCUCCCACUUUCCAUCACCCCGCCCCAUUCUCCCUCCUUCCAUCACCUCGCCUCAUUCUCCCUCCUUCCAUCACCCCGCCCCAUUCUCCCGCUUUCCAUCACCCCGCCCCGUUCUCCCGCUUUCCAUCACCCAGCCCCAUUCUCCCACUUUCCAUCACCCCGCCCCAUUCUCCCGCUUUCCAUCACCCUGCCCCAAUCUCCCGCUUUCCAUCACCCCGCCCCAUUCUCCCGCUUUCCAUCACCCUGCCCCAUUCUCCCGCUUUCCAUCACCCCACUCCAUUCUCCCGCUUUCCAUCACCCAGCCCCAUUCUCCCGCUUUUCAUCACCCCGCCCCAUUCUCCCGCUUUCCAUCACCCCACCCCAUUCUCCCUCCUUCCAUCACCCCGUCCCAUUCUCCCUCCUUCCAUCACCCCGCCCCAUUCUCCCGCUUUCCAUCACCCCGCCCCAUUCUCCCUCCUUCCAUCACCCCGCCCCAUUCUCCCUCCUUCCAUCACCUCGCCCCAUUCUCCCGCUUUCCAUCACCCUGCCACAUUCUCCCGCUUUCUAUCACCCCGCCCCAUUCUCCCUCUUUCCAUCACCUCGCCCCAUUCUCCCGCUUUCCAUCACCCCGCCCCAUUCUCCCGAUUUCCAUCACCCCGCUCCAUUCUCCCGCUUUCCAUCACCCCGCCCCAUUCUCCCGCUUUCCAUCAUCCCGCCCCAUUCUCCCUCCUUCCAUCACCCCGCCCCAUUCUUCCGCUUCCCAUCAUCCCGCCCCAUUCCCCCGCUUUCCAUCACCCCUCCCCAUUCUCCCUCCUUCCAUCACCCCGCCCCAUUCUCUCGCUUUCCAUCACCCCGCCCCAUUCUCCCGCUUUCCAUCACCCCAUCCCAUUCUCCCGCUUUCCAUCACUCCGCCCCAUUAUCCCUCCUUCCAUCACCCCGCCCCAUUCUCCCUCCUUCCAUCACCCCGCCCCAUUCUCCCGCUUUCCAUCACCCCGCCUCAUUCUCCCGCUUCCCAUAACCCCACCCCAUUCUCCCGCUUUCCAUCACCCCGCCACAUUCUCCCACUUUCCAUCACCCCGCCCCCUUCUCUCUCCUUCCAUCACCCCGCCCCAUUCUCCCUCCUUCCAUCACCCUGCCCCAUUCUCCCGCUUUCCAUCAGCCCGCCCCAUUCUCCCGCUUUCCAUCACCCCGACCCAUUCUCCCACUUUCCAUCACCCCGCCCCAUUCUCCCUCCUUCCAUCACCUCGCCUCAUUUUCCCUCCUUCCAUCACCCCGCCCCAUUCUCCCGCUUUCCAUCACCCCGCCCCAUUCUCCCGCUUUCCAUCACCCAGCCCCAUUCUCCCGCUUUCCAUCACCCUGCCCCAAUCUCCCGCUUUCCAUCACCCCGCCCCAUUCUCCCGCUUUCCAUCACCCUGCCCCAUUCUCCCGCUUUCCAUCACCUCGCCCCAUUCUCCGGCUUUCCAUCACCCCGCCCCAUUCUCCCGCUUUCCAACACUCCGCCCCAUUCUCCCGCUUUCCAUCACUCCGACCCAUUCUCCCACUUUCCAUCACCCCGCCCCAUUCUCCCUCCUUCCAUCACCUCGCCUCAUUCUCCCUCCUUCCAUCACCCCGCCCCAUUCUCCCGCUUUCCAUCACCCCGCCCCGUUCUCCCGCUUUCCAUCACCCAGCCCCAUUCUCCUGCUUUCCAUCACCCCGCCCCAUUCUCCCGCUUUCCAUCACCCUGCCCCAAUCUCCCGCUUUCCAUCACCCCGCCCCAUUCUCCCGCUUUCCAUCACCCUGCCCCAUUCUCCCGCUUUCCAUCACCUCGCCCCAUUCUCCCGCUUUCCAUCACCCAGCCCCAUUCUCCCGCUUUCCAUCACCCCGCCCCAUUCUCCCGCUUUCCAUCACCCCACCCCAUUCUCCCUCCUUCCAUCACCCCGUCCCAUUCUCCCUCCUUCCAUCACCCCGCCCCAUUCUCCCGCUUUCCAUCACCCCGCCCCAUUCUCCCUCCUUCCAUCACCCCGCCCCAUUCUCCCUCCUUCCAUCACCUCGCCCCAUUCUCCCGCUUUCCAUCACCCCGCCACAUUCUCCCGCUUUCUAUCACCCCGCCCCAUUCUCCCUCUUUCCAUCACCCCGCCCCAUUCUCCCGCUUUCCAUCACCCCGCCCCAUUCUCCCGAUUUCCAUCACCCCGCCCCAUUCUCCCGCUUUCCAUCACCCCGCCCCAUUCUCCCGCUUUCCAUCAUCCCGCCCCAUUCUCCCUCCUUCCAUCACCCCGCCCCAUUCUUCCGCUUCCCAUCAUCCCGCCCCAUUCCCCCGCUUUCCAUCACCCCUCCCCAUUCUCCCUCCUUCCAUCACCCCGCCCCAUUCUCUCGCUUUCCAUCACCCCACCCCAUUCUCCCGCUUUCCAUCACCCCGUCCCAUUCUCCCGCUUUCCAUCACUCCGCCCCAUUAUCCCUCCUUCCAUCACCCCGCCCCAUUCUCCCUCCUUCCAUCACCCCGCCCCAUUCUCCCGCUUUCCAUCACCCCGCCUCAUUCUCCCGCUUCCCAUAACCCCACCCCAUUCUCCCGCUUUCCAUCACCCCGCCACAUUCUCCCACUUUCCAUCACCCCGCCCCCUUCUCUCUCCUUCCAUCACCCCGCCCCAUUCUCCCGCUUUCCAUCACCCCGCCCCAUUCUCCCGCUUUCCAUCACCCAGCCCCAUUCUCCCGCUUUCCAUCACCCUGCCCCAAUCUCCCGCUUUCCAUCACCCCGACCCAUUCUCCCGCUUUCCAUCACCCUGCCCCAUUCUCCCGCUUUCCAUCACCUCGCCCCAUUCUCCCGCUUUCCAUCACCCCGCCCCAUUCUCCCGCUUUCCAUCACUCCGCCCCAUUCUCCCGCUUUCCAUCACUCCGACCCAUUCUCCCACUUUCCAUCACCCCGCCCCAUUCUCCCUCCUUCCAUCACCUCGCCUCAUUCUCCCUCCUUCCAUCACCCCGCCCCAUUUUCCCGCUUUCCAUCACCCCGCCCCGUUCUCCCGCUUUCCAUCACCCAGCCCCAUUCUCCCGCUUUCCAUCACCCCGCCCCAUUCUCCCGCUUUCCAUCACCCUGCCCCAAUCUCCCGCUUUCCAUCACCCCGCCCCAUUCUCCCGCUUUCCAUCACCCUGCCCCAUUCUCCCGCUUUCCAUCACCCCACUCCAUUCUCCCGCUUUCCAUCACCCAGCCCCAUUCUCCCACUUUCCAUCACCCCGCCCCAUUCUCCCGCUUUCCAUCACCCCACCCCAUUCUCCCUCCUUCCAUCACCCCGUCCCAUUCUCCCUCCUUCCAUCACCCCGCCCCAUUCUCCCGCUUUCCAUCACCCCGCCCCAUUCUCCCUCCUUCCAUCACCCCGCCCCAUUCUCCCUCCUUCCAUCACCUCGCCCCAUUCUCCCGCUUUCCAUCACCCCGCCACAUUCUCCCGCUUUCUAUCACCCUGCCCCAUUCUCCCUCUUUCCAUCACCCCGCCCCAUUCUCCCGCUUUCCAUCACCCCGCCCCAUUCUCCCGAUUUCCAUCACCCCGCCCCAUUCUCCCGCUUUCCAUCACCCCGCCCCAUUCUCCCGCUUUCCAUCAUCCCGCCCCAUUCUCCCUCCUUCCAUCACCCCGCCCCAUUCUUCCGCUUCCCAUCAUCCCGCCCCAUUCCCCCGCUUUCCAUCACCCCUCCCCAUUCUCCCUCCUUCCAUCACCCCGCCCCAUUCUCUCGCUUUCCAUCACCCCGCCCCAUUCUCCCGCUUUCCAUCACCCCCCCGCCCCAUUCUCCCGCUUUCCAUCACCCCUCCCCUUUCUCCCGCUUUCCAUCACCCCUCCCCAUUCUCCCUCCUUCCAUCACCCCGCCCCAUUCUCUCGCUUUCCAUCACCCCGCCCCAUUCUCCCGCUUCCCAUCACCCCGCCCCAUUCUUCCUCCUUCCAUCACCCUGCCCCAUUCUCCCGCUUUCCAUCACCCCGCCCCAUUCUCCCUCCUUCCAUCACCCCGCCCCAUUCUCCCUCAUUCCAUCACCCCGCCCCAUUCUCCCGCUUUCCAUCACCCCGCCCCAUUCUCCCGCUUCCCAUAACCCCACCCCAUUCUCUUCCCGCCCCAUUCUCCCGCUUUCCAUCACCCCGCCCCUUUCUCCCGCUUUCCAUCACCCCACCCCAUUCUCCCGCUUUCCAUCACUUCGCCCCAUUCUCCCGCUUUCCAUCACCCCGACCCAUUCUCCCACUUUCCAUCACCCCGCCCCAUUCUCCCUCCUUCCAUCACCCCGCCUCAUUCUCCCUCCUUCAAUCACCCCGCCCCAUUCUCCCGCUUUCCAUCACCCCGCCCCAUUCUCCCGCUUUCCAUCACUUAGCCCCAUUCUCCCGCUUUCCAUCAUCCCGCCCCAUUUUUCCGCUUUCCAUCACCCCGCCCCAUUCUCCCGCUUUCCAUCACCGUGCCCCAAUCUCCCGCUUUCCAUCACCCCGCCCCCUUCUCCCUCCUUCCAUCAUCCCGCCCCAUUCCCCCGCUUUCCAUCACCCUGCCCCAAUCUCCCCCUUUACAUCACCCCACCCCCCCCAUUCUCCCGCUUUCCAUCACCCCGCCCCAUUCUCCAGCUUUCCAUCACCCCGCCCCAUUCUCCCGCAUUCCAUCACCCCGCCCCAUUCUCCCUCCUUCCAUCACCCCGCCCCAUUCACCCGCUUUCCAUCACCCCGCCCCAUUCUCCCUCCUUCCAUCACCCCGCCCCAUUCUCCCUCCUUCCAUCACCCCGCCCCAUUCUCCCGCUUUCCAUCACCCCGCCCUGUUCUCCCGCUUCCCAUAACCCCACCCCCUUCUCCCGCUUUCCAUCACCCCGCCACAUUCUCCCGCUUUCUAUCACCCCGCCCCAUUCUCCCUCCUUCCAUCACCCCGCCCCAUUCUCCCGCUUUCCAUCACCCCGCCCCAUUCUCCCGAUUUCCAUCACCCCGCCCCAUUCUCCCGCUUUCCAUCACCCCGCCCCAUUCUCCCGCUUUCCAUCAUCCCGCCCCAUUCUCCCUCCUUCCAUCACCCCGCCCCAUUCUCCCGCUUUCCAUCACUUAGCCCCAUUCUCCCGCUUUCCAUCAUCCCGCCCCAUUUUUCCGCUUUCCAUCACCCCGCCCCAUUCUCCCGCUUUCCAUCACCGUGCCCCAAUCUCCCGCUUUCCAUCACCCCGCCCCCUUCUCCCUCCUUCCAUCACCCCGCCCCAUUCCCCCACUUUCCAUCACCCUGCCCCAAUCUCCCCCUUUCCAUCACCCCACCCCGUUCUCCCUCCUUCCAUCACCCCGCCCCAUUCUCCCGCUUUCCAUCACCCCGCCCCAUUCUCCCUCUUUCCAUCACCCAGCCCCAUUCUCCCGCUUUCCAUCACCCCGCCCCAUUCUCCCGCUUUCCAUCACCCCGCCCCAUUCUCCCGCUUUCCAUCACCCCGCCCCGUUCACCCGCUUUCCAUCACUCCGCCCCAUUCUCCCUUCUUCCAUCACCCCGCCCCAUUCUCCCUCCUUCCAUCACCCCGCCCCAUUCUCCCGCUUUCCAUCACCCCACCCCAUUCUCCCGCUUCCCAUAACCCCACCCCAUUCUCCCGCUUUCCAUCACCCCUGCCACAUUCUCCCACUUUCCAUCACCCCGCGGCCUUCUCUCUCCUUCCAUCAACCCGCCCCAUUCUCCCUCCUUCCAUCACCCCGCCCCAUUCUCCUGCUUUCCAUCAGCCCGCCCCAUUCUCCCGCUUUCCAUCACCCCUCCCCUUUCUCCCGCUUUCCAUCUCCCCGCCCCAUUCUCCUGCUUUCCGUCACCCGGCCCCAUUCUUCCGCUUCCCAUCAUCCCGCCCCAUUCCCCCGCUUUCCGUCACCCCUCCCCAUUCUCCCUCCUUCCAUCACCCCGCCCCAUUCUCCCGCUUUCCAUCACCCCGCCCCAUUCUUCCUCCUUCCAUCACCCCGCCCCAUUCUCCCGCUUUCCAUCACCCCGCCCCAUUCUCCCUCCUUCCAUCACCCCGCCCCAUUCUCCCUCAUUCCAUCACCCUGCCCCAUUCUCCCGCUUUCCAUCACCCCGCCCCAUUCUCCCGCUUCCCAUAA